ACUCAACUUCCAUUAAGCACUCGGGGCAGAAGUUACGCGCAGGCGGCAGGAGGGAGCCGGACAUCGAGGCCUGCGCGCGGGCGUGCGGGAGCCGGGCACGGAGAACCGGGCUGAGAGCAAGGAGCGCGACAUGGAGCGUCUGGCACCCCGCGCCUGCCUCGCCCUGCUGUGGGGCUGCCUGCUGGCCGCGGCUGCCGCGGCGCAGGGCAAGGAAGUCGUCCUGUUGGACUUUGCAGCAGCUAAAGGGGAACUCGGCUGGCUCACACACCCAUAUGGCAAAGGGUGGGACCUCAUGCAGAACAUCAUGGACGACAUGCCCAUCUACAUGUACUCCGUGUGCAACGUGGUGGCCAGCGACCAGGACAACUGGCUCCGCACCAACUGGGUAUACCGCGGUGAGGCCGAGCGCAUCUUCAUCGAGCUCAAGUUCACCGUGCGUGACUGCAAUAGCUUCCCUGGGGGCGCGAGCUCCUGCAAGGAAACCUUCAACCUCUACUAUGCCGAGUCUGACGUGGACUAUGGUACCAACUUCCAGAAGCGCCAGUUCACCAAGAUCGACACCAUCGCGCCCGACGAGAUCACGGUCAGCAGCGACUUCGAAGCACGCCACGUGAAGCUGAACGUGGAGGAACGCUCCGUGGGACCGCUCAGCCGCAAGGGCUUCUACCUGGCCUUUCAGGACAUUGGUGCCUGCGUGGCACUGCUCUCUGUCCGCGUCUACUACAAGAAGUGUCCCAAGCUGCUGAAGGGGCUGGCCCGCUUCCCCGAGACCAUCGCGGGCUCCGACGCGCCCUCCCUGGCCAUCGUGGAUGGCACCUGCCUGGACCACGCUGUGGUGCCGCCCGGGGGUGAGGAGCCCCGCAUGCACUGUGCAGUGGAUGGCGAGUGGCUAGUGCUCAUUGGCCAGUGCCUGUGCGAAGCAGGCUACGAGAAGGUGGAGGACGCCUGCCAGGCCUGCUCGCCGGGAUUCUUCAAGUCCGAGGCAUCCGAGAGCCCCUGUCUGGAGUGCCCCCCACACACCCUGCCGUCCUCCGAGGGGGCCACCGCCUGCGAGUGUGAGGAAGGCUAUUUCCGGGCCCCACAGGACCCACUUUCACUGCUCUGCACGCGCCCGCCCUCUGCCCCGCACUACCUCACGGCUGUGGGCAUGGGCGCCAAAGUGGAGCUGCGCUGGACGCCCCCCCUGGACAACGGGGGCCGCGAGGACAUCACCUACAGUGUCACCUGCGAGCAGUGCUGGCCCGAGUCAGGCGAGUGCGGUCCCUGCGAGGCCAGCGUGCGCUACUCGGAGCCACCGCACGGGCUGACCCGCACCAGCGUGACAGUCAGCGACCUGGAGCCCCAUAUGAACUACACCUUCACCGUAGAGGCCCGCAACGGCGUCUCAGACCUGGUGACCAGCCGCAGCUUCCUCACUGCCAGCGUCAGCAUCAACCAGACAGAGCCCCCCAAGGUGAAGCUGGAGGAUCGCAGCACCACCUCGCUGAGCGUCUCCUGGAGCAUUCCUCCACCGCAGCAGAGCCGCGUGUGGAAGUACGAGGUCACCUACCGCAAGAAGGGGGACUCCAACAGCUACAACGUACGCCGCACUGAAGGCUUCUCCGUGACCCUGGAUGACCUGGCUCCGGACACCAUCUACCUGGUCCAGGUGCAGGCGCUGACGCAGGAGGGCCAGGGUGCUGGCAGCAAGGUGCACGAGUUCCAGACACUGUCCGUGGAAGGAUCUAGCAACAUGGCAGUGAUUGGUGGUUUGGCCGUUGGUGUGGUCUUGCUUCUGGUGCUGGCAGGAAUUGGCUUCUUCAUCCACCGCAGGAGGAAGAGCCUGCGGACACGCCAGUCCUCGGAAGACGUUUACUUCUCCAAGUCAGAACAACUGAAGCCCCUGAAGACAUACGUGGACCCACACACAUACGAGGACCCCAACAAGGCUGUGCUCAAGUUCACCACCGAGAUCCAUCCGUCCAGUGUCACGCGGCAGAAGGUGAUCGGGGCAGGAGAGUUUGGGGAGGUGUACAAGGGCACGUUGAAGGUGUCGGGCAAGAAGGAGGUCCCCGUGGCCAUCAAGACGCUGAAAGCCGGCUACACAGAGAAGCAGCGGGUGGACUUUCUCAGCGAGGCCAGCAUCAUGGGCCAGUUCAGCCACCACAACAUCAUCCGCCUGGAGGGCGUUGUCUCCAAAUACAAGCCCAUGAUGAUCAUCGCCGAAUACAUGGAGAACGGGGCUCUGGACAAGUUCCUUCGGGAGAAGGAUGGCGAGUUCAGCGUGCUGCAGCUGGUGGGCAUGCUGCGGGGCAUCGCGGCCGGCAUGAAGUACCUGGCCAACAUGAACUACGUCCACCGCGACCUGGCUGCCCGCAACAUCCUCGUCAACAGCAACCUGGUCUGCAAGGUGUCUGACUUCGGCCUGUCCCGUGUGCUGGAGGACGACCCCGAGGCCACCUACACCACCAGUGGUGGCAAGAUCCCGAUCCGCUGGACGGCUCCGGAGGCCAUCUCCUACCGCAAGUUCACCUCCGCCAGCGACGUGUGGAGCUAUGGCAUCGUCAUGUGGGAAGUGAUGACGUACGGCGAGCGGCCCUACUGGGAGCUGUCGAACCACGAGGUGAUGAAGGCCAUUAAUGACGGCUUCCGGCUUCCCACACCCAUGGACUGCCCCUCCGCCAUCUACCAGCUCAUGAUGCAGUGCUGGCAGCAGGAGCGCGCCCGCCGCCCCAAGUUCGCCGACAUUGUCAGCAUCUUGGACAAGCUCAUCCGAGCCCCCGAAUCCCUCAAGACCCUGGCUGACUUCGACCCCCGGGUGUCCAUCCGGCUGCCCAGCACCAGCGGCUCAGAGGGUGUGCCCUUCCGCACGGUGUCCGAGUGGCUGGAAUCCAUCAAGAUGCAGCAGUACACUGAGCACUUCCUGGCGGCCGGCUACACGGCCAUCGAGAAGGUGGUGCAGAUGACCAACGAAAACUGUGGCCCAAAGACAGGACAGGACCCACCCGAGGCUCUGGUGGAAUCCAGGACUAGAAUUCGGCCUCCUGCCUCCCAGCCCAGGACUCCUCCUCCUAGAUGGACCUCAGAAGCACCCUCAGCUCCCGCCCUGUCAGCGACAUCAAGAGGAUUGGGGUGCGGCUGCCCGGCCACCAGAAGCGCAUUGCCUACAGCCUGCUGGGCCUCAAGGACCAGGUGAACACAGUGGGGAUCCCCAUCUGAGCCCUGACAGACCUCGUGACCCCCUCAGCUAAGAAUACUUGAAGAAACAGACUGGCUUUCCUGCCAGCUCCAUGCUGGGCCACCAGGGACCUUAUUUAUUUCUAGUCCUUCUUUACUGAUGCCACCCUGAGGGCUCUGCUGGGGGGUCUUGGACGAUACCUUGGCCUGAGCUGAGGAGAUGCUCAGGGACCUUGGGCAGGGGGGCCUCUUCACCUACAAAGGACAGACAGCCAAGCACUUAGCAGUCACCAUCGUGUUCCCAGCAUCCCCUGGGGCAGGAGCCCCGCCAAGGCCUUUGGACACACACGUGCGACAUUGCUAAACUGACCUCCCCUUCGCCGUCUCAGGAGGUGGGGCGGUCAGCCUGCAGCAGUCACAGGAGCAGGGUACCUCACGAGAAGAGGACAAACAGCAAAGUCAGCUGGGCAAGACCCACAGCGGUUCUCCCGUCCCUCUAGUGCCUUCCUCAGCCCCCCAGGCCCCAUCCUCAGCCCCCACGGGCCAAACACUUGCUUCCUCGGGGCCCUCACAGGAUGCUUGGUUGUGUGGAGGGUUUUUUUUUUUUUAAAUAUAUAUUUUGUACUUUGUGGAGAGAAUGUGUGUGUGACAGGGGCCCGGCUAGGACUGGGGGCAGACAACGGCCUGUGUCAGACAUUCCCAGGCUGGGGGCUGGCCCAUCCGGCCUCUCACCCCUUUAGACAACAUUUUCUACUCUGUCAGUAUUAAUGAUUUUGUUCUGUUGCGUAUUUUUCUUCGAACCUUAAUUUAUUAUUAUUUUUUUUAUAUUUAUUGUUAGGAAAUGACUUAUUUCUGCUCUGAAAUAAAGUUGCAGAUUGUUCAAACAGUG